UGUUUGUUUGUUUGUUUGUUUGUUUUUGUUUUUUUUUUUUUUUUUGUUUUUUUUGUUUUUUUUCUGUCAACGAUUCCUUUUGAAUGAGAGCGUCGUCACUGUCAUCAUCAUCGCCAUCGAUGUUGUGAAUAUGUGUGAGUGACCGACUGGUUUUGUCUUUUUUGCCUCUCGAAGAGCGUUAUCGCAGACUUAUUUGGUUUCGGCGAGUCUAAGGUGAGGAGGUGGAGUUGGGAAAAAAACGAGGCGGAAGAAUGUGUGCUGUGCCCUGGGGUCAUGAGGAACGAAGCAAGUGUGUGGAAUUUAGGGAAGAGAGGAGGAUGGUGAAAGGAUUAAAUUUUUUGAGUCCUUGAGAGUGAGGGUAGAAUUGGAGAAGCGAAUUUGGAGUGUCUGUGAAGGUGAAAAUUUAUCGUGCUUCUGGGUUCAUGGGGCUGGUAGGAGCGAUUUGGGUUUGGAGAGUGUGGAGUUGGGUUGCGGAAGUGCGGCAUUGGGGUUGAGUGAUCAGGUGCUAAUUGAGGGGAAAAAGGUGGAUGGGCUGUUAAAAUUGAAGGUACAGAUGUCCAUGUUUUCUUGAACAGCUUCUAAUUAUUGUGCGGUGAAACAAUUCCGUUCGUUUCUUAACAAGAAGAAGUGCUGUAUUUUGUUCUAGGUUUUUAGUAACGUGGUUCAUGAAAGUCUUUCUGUUUGAAUUUUCUUGAUUUCUGUUUGUUUUGAAUUUUUUUUUUAAGGCGCUCUAUGCCAGUACAAAUUUACAGCUAAAAAACGUGGUUUCAUAUCACGCAUUUAUCUGGAGAAGUUGAAAAGCACAGAGAGAUGAACUCUAGUUCAACUCCAUCACCUUCGAAGACGGUUCAAGGAAGCGGAUGAGCUCGUAAAUAACAAGGCAAUCUUCAAUAUGCUUCCGAAUAUUACGAAUGGAGGUGGAAUUUUAGGACUUGCCCGGAUAAAGCUCCAGGAAAUUUUGCCAGAAGAUGGUGCAGCCUCUGCCGGUUACAGUCGUGCAUUAGAGAAAUUAUCACUCUCCUUGACUCGAAACAAUGCUGCAAUAAUUGAAAUUAGUUCGGAAGAUGCAGCACUUGUACGUUGUGCUCUUGAAUCUGCAAAGCUUUACUUUCGGAGCAGAUGCCACACUGCGUCUUUAUGGAACUCGUCAGAUUGGCUCAAGCUCUCGGGUUACUUGGCUGCUCCUGCAAGAGACAUGUACUUUUAUCGGGCGGGAAGAACUUUGAAAGGUGAAGAGACAGAGCCACCUCCUCCAUGUAUUCCUGAGGUUUUCAGAUGUUUUGGGAAAGCCUCUCGUGCUUGUUUGAGUGGAAUUGCUCGUCAUCUUCGACUUCGUGGAGAUGCGUUUGGUCAGCUUCUGGACGAAGCUCCUCUUGCGAAUGGAGAGAUAUCCUCAUCUGUGCUGACGGCUACAGCAUUCCAUGCUGUGGGACCAGGCGAAAAGGGAGCCAUGAAAGACUCCGGUGUGUUACAGGAAGUCGAAAAGGGGUUUUUGCUUCUUAUUGCUUCUGAUACGCCUGGGCUACAGGUACGAGAUUCGAGUGGCCGUUGGUACCUGGCUGACAAUGCGCUGGGUCCAGGGGACCUCUUGUUACUUACAGGAAAGACAUUGGAACAAGCUACUGCUGGUAUCCGGAGGGCUUGCACCUACCGUGUAGUCCCUGUAACUCAGACAACUGUGAACGCCUUCUCAGGCAGGUGUGUUAGAACAUCCUUAGCAUUUCGAUUGAUGCCUCGUAUGAGUGCUACUAUUGACUGCACUGCUGUAGCAGAAGCUGGUCACGUCAUCCCUGAUGGAUAUGGACCCAUUCCAGUGCAAAUAUUUCUCAACAAUGUAAUUGCUUCUGAAUACUCAAUUGCCAACAGUUCAAAUUUAAAUAUUGAACCAAUCACCACCAUUGCAGAGCCAACGUUGCGGAGUGCUCUUUCUGACCCUCUGACGGGUGCCCUAUUGGAGGAUGCAAUGGCAUCUUUUUGUGGUCACUCGUAUGGUGGUGGGACUUUACAAAGAGUAUAUGAUACGAUGCAAUGUACAACGUGUGGGGCCACAGUGGAGGGCAGCUCUAUGGUUCACAAUCUUGCCUUGAGAGCAGCUGCUACUGCUUUCAAAGGGUUGGAACGAAUAAGGCAGUUACAUUCUGGAUCUUUGCGGCUCGACAAACGUAAAAGAGAGAUCGGAGAGCAAGUUGAUUUGACCGGACUAAAAAGGCCUGAAAAGGAACUUCCAAAAACAGCCGAGAAGGAUAUUAGUCCUCAUUCUAGCAGUCAAGGGAAAGGAGUGCAGUAUCCAUUCUCUGUCAAUGAGAAAGUUAUGAUCAAGGGUAACAAACGCACACCUGAAAAGUUUGUAGGAAGGGAAGCUUGCAUCACUUCUCAAUGUCUAAAUGGAUGGUACCUGGUGCGGUUGUUGGACAAUGGAGAGAGUGUGCGUUUGCAAUAUCGAUCCUUGGCUAGGGCAGCUGGAGAGCACAAUGGCUUGGGCGAUGAGGGACGAGUUCCAGCCAUCCAAUCGUGAUGCAUGUAGGGUCUGUCCUUCCAAGUUUCAUUGGACAUUUCGUCCUUGGAAUGUUGGAGUCCUGGUAGGUGCUCCCGUGCCCAACGAAGAAUUUUCGAACACUUCGUCUCUUUGUAUAUUGCAUUACACAUUCGAGACGUUCAGGCACUCGCUGGCGACCUCAUGCUAGCGGCUCACAGGGCUCAAAAUACGACCAACUUGUCUCCAUCUGACUUUUUAAGACAUCCUUUAUGAUCCACUUGUCUCCAUCUGGAUAGAGGGCUACCAACUUUCCGCGUUGCCUAUUUCUGCAACAAUCCCUCAAAACUUUGCACCCAUCAGAUGGCAAGUAUGUAAAAUCGACCCAGGCCUACCCUUUUUCAUUGUGAAGCUGGUCCUUUUGUAACUGUCUCCAGGCUUUUCCGUUAUCAGAGGUUUAGGGUAGUAAUCCUGGUAGAAAGACGAUCAACAUCCUCAUUAUUCUUCUUACCUGAAACGUGGUAAAUUUCAAACUGUGCUCUCUCAAAUGUUUCGCAAAAUGGCUCACAACAAUAUAGGACAUGGAGAACUCUUUGCAACGAUUGCAGGGAAGCGUUGCAGAGAAAAGGUCCCUGCGGGUAUGAUUCUGUAACGACUAGGCAGUUACCCGACGAUGUACCAAAUAGUGACCUUCCACUUGAAGGAGCUACUCUGGGCCGAAUCUUGUAUUUUAGUUUCAUAAAGUGCCCACACGUUUUGGUGGCUUUUUCCAGUGAUGCUCUAUCAAUCGUUGCAAUGUCGAGAAUGUGUACAUUGCUCUCUUGGGCAGAAUUCAAGAGAAAAUUUCUUAUAGAGUCUAGGAGCCCUCCUGGGAUUUUUGGGCACAAAUUUAAUGCUACUUUGAGGAAAUUCUUCGCAAGCAGAA